GGUAACAGGCGGCGGCCGCGGCAGCUGUGGGAGGGUCCCGUGGCGCGGCGGCGGCGGCCAGACGCGUAUUUUUCGUUCUUUCCUCACGUGCGCGUUGCUUGCGUUGCGGUGCCUGUCGCCAGUGUGCUUUUGGAGACCUUAUCGAAGUGAAAGAAGGAGAAAAAGUAAACACUAGGAAAACUUUAGCGAAAAAUCCCAGAAGAACUGUGUAGUGAUUACGGUUGAAGUACUUUCCGAACAAUUGUCAGAUAUUCAAUUUUCCAUGCAAGCCAUCGAGUCCGCGCUGUUAUCAGACCUGCAUUCAAGUCAUCAUUCAUUUAACGACCUUGGACAGCGUUGCCAAGCCAGGUUAAUCAAGAUACCCAAACAUGCGUCUGUAUCAGGUGGCUAAAGCGUGAGACUGCCGCGACGCGAGUGCCAUGAAUGUGCUGGUGUCAGUUGGACGAGAUACCCGACGUUCUUCAACGAGAGUUAAGCGCCACCUUUGAAAGAGAAGAAGAAGUAGAAGAAAUAAAAGAAUUAGAAGAAGAACACGAAGAAAGAAGAAGGCGGAAAAAUUAAGACAAAGAGUCCUACACAACGAAUCCCCUCCCCGUUGAUCGACGGCGAGUAGCGGCGAGCCUGGCAGUGGCAGUCCCCCGGAUGGUGCCAGAAUGGAAUGGACCCUAGACUUAGUGCCCGACCUCCUCUUCUGGGGCGCCGCGAGCCUGGCCCUGGCGCAGGUGGCACAGGUGGUGGGACUGGCACUCUGGUACUUGGCCUUCCCCGCGCUGUGGCUCGUGACGGGCGGGGCGUGGCUCCUGAGGGCCUCGGCGAAGGUGAGCACGAAGGGCAAGGCGGUCCUCGUGACGGGCUGCGACACGGGCAUCGGGCACGCCCUCGCGCUCAGCCUGCAUGAGAAGGGUUUCCGUGUGUUCGCGGGGUGCCUGCAGCUGGCGGCCGGGGGCGAGGGCGCCGAGGCCCUGCGGCGGAGGGCGUCCGGCCGACUCCACGUCCUGCAGCUCGACGUGACAAGGGAGAAGCAAGUCCAGGAGGCUGUCCAGAAAAUCAUCGAGAUUUUGCCUCAAGACGGUUUGUAAAUUUGGCUUUAUAUCUUCAGUUCAUGUUCAAUGUU